GUGUGUGUGAGGAGGCGGGGUUCAUCUGAUUGGCAGGUGGAGUAAAAGGGUUUGUGGGUAAGGUAAAGAGGGAGAGUUGUACAUACAUAUUGCUUUUUGUGCUGUUAGUUGUGUGUUUCCCCUGAGGAGGAUAAUGAAUUUGUCGGUUGGCGGUGGGAGAGUGGAGGAGGCACUAAGAAUGGUGGACAGGCAGCUGAGCAAGGGCAAUUUCAAAUUGUCUCUUUCUUUACUCCGUCACCCAUCUCCACCUGCGCUCUUUCGCUUCGCUGCUGCCAAACAGGUUCCCCGGAGAGUCUCCUCGGUAGAGCAGUUACAUCUCAGUGUCACAGAAACAUCUACUCUCCACUCAUUGCUUGAUGCAAUUCUUCAUUCCAUCCAAUUAUCCAACCUUUUUACUUCUGGCCAAGACAAUGAUGAUAUAGUCCAACACAAACAAGUGGUGCAGCACGAAGCUGGUCAUUUUUUAGUCGGCUACUUGCUUGGUGUUUUACCAAAACACUACACAUUUUCAACUAUGGAAGACAAAACUGCUGAUGCACAUGUCAAGUUUUUAGGCUUUGAAUUUUUGAAGGAGUUAGAAGAUGUAGCGCUAUCAAAUAAAAAUUCACAUGAAAUAAAGGCAGGUCAUCGAGCUCGUAAACGCAAGUUGUCUUCUACGGUUUUAAGCAAGUUUGCUUGUGUGAUUGUUGGAGGCUUGGUAGCAGAGCAUCUAGCAUUUGGAAACUCAAAAGGUCAUUACGGGGAUGUGGAGAAAUUGAACAGAGUGCUCAAGUGGCAGCGAUUAACUGAAGAUGAAGCAAACAAUCUAACAAGAUGGGCUGUAUUGAACACGCUCACAAUAUUACACCGUCAUACCAAAGCAAGAUCAAAAUUGGCAGAGGCCCUUCUACACGGAAGAUCAAUUGGAAAUUGCAUUCAUGUGAUAGAAGCUAAUUUGAACCAUCCAAUCUAAUCUAAAUAUAUAAUAGAGUGAAUUUCAAAUAUUGUCCUUUAUAUUUAUACCCAUUUUCAGGUGCAAUCCUUUAUGUUCAAAUUGAUGAGUUUUGUACUUUAUGUUUUCAAAUCAUA